CCGGCCAUCUGGAGCAUCGCCAAGAACCUUUCGCGAGGGAUGAAGUGCAAAGACCUCUCCACUCUCCAGGAUUUUUUGCCUCUUUUCUUCGUUUGCGGUGCCUGUCCAAACUCUUUUUGCGGCAUGCAGGCUGUCAUGUACAGUGCCUCCGCCGCAGACGCUUUUGACAUUGACUUUUGGUGGGUGAAGCCACGCAAGGAGGACCCACAAAACAUUGAGACAGAGACGCUCUGCCGCCAUGCAAAGGGCCCUCACAAGAACGAUCCUGGCAGGUCCAAGCAGUUUUACAAGCCAAUCGCGGACCUGUUCACCCAGAAGUCCCACAUGAACGCACUCUACUUCGGAAUCGAGGAGGUGCCUUCGCCGACAACAUCUGGCAAGGCCCCGCGUGCGUACAUCUACCAGGACACAGCUGGGGCCACCGUGAAAAAGCACUUUCUGACAUUGGUCUGGCAGGGCGGCUCAGGGGCUGUCCGGUGCACAGAGCCACGCUCUCCGCGACUCUUGUGUGUGAAGGACAUCGAGUUCUUCACGAAGGCCUACACCAUCAUGGAUGGUAGGAUGAUGCUCUCCGAGAUAGAG